CGAUGAUUAAGUCCAUAACACACCGAUUUAGGAGGAUUUAUUCCGGGUCAAUUUUCGGAAGAUUCCAAAGGGGAAUCAUCACAGAUUUAGGGCGAUUUUUCCAAAAUGCUAUUCUCUUUCGAUUCUGGAGGCUAAAGAUCACGGAAUCAAGGCGAGGCUAUUCUCCACCGAGAAUGAAUUCUAUUGAUCCUAUUCUCCACUGAUAAUAAGUCCAUUAAGUACCGAUUUAGGCCAAUUUAUUUUCGGAUGGCAUUUUUGAAAUUUUUUGGCCGACAAAAGGCCAUUUACUUUGAAUUUUGAAGGCUACAAAUAUCGGAUUCGGCCGGAGACUAUUCUUCAACGCUGAUUAAGUCCAUUAAGCACCGAUUUGGGUGGAUUUUUUCCUCGUCAAUUUUUGGCAGAUUUCAAAAGGGUAGCAUCACAGAUUUCGGGCGAUUUUUCCGAAAUACCAUUUUCUUUUUAUUCUGGAGGCUUUAGAUCACGGAAUCAAUCCGAGACUAUUCUCCACCGAAAAUGAAGUAUAUUGAUCCUAUUCUCCACGGAUGAUAAGUUCAAUAAGCAACGUUGAUUAAGUCCAUUAAGCACCGAUUUGGGAGGAUUUAUUCCGGGUCAAUUUCUGGCAGAUUCGAAAGGGGUACCAUCACUGAUUUCGGGCGAUUUUUCCAAAUGUUACUUUUUUUUAUUCUGGAGGCUACUGAACAUGGAAGCAGGCCGAGGCUAUUCUCCACCGAUAAUGAAAUUUAUUGAUAAUUUUCUACACGGAUGAUGAGUCCAUUAAGCACCGAUUUGGGACAAUUUAUUUUCGGAUGAAAUUUUGUGAUUUUUCUGGCCGAACGGCCAUUUUCUUUGGAUUUUGAAGGCUACAUAUCGCGGAUUCGGCCUGAGACUAUUCUUCAACGAUGAUUAAGUUCAUAAAGCACCGAUUUGGGCGGAUUUAUUCCUGGUCAAUUUUAGGCAGAUUCCGAUGGGGUACAAAGUACAAACACAUAUUUCAUUCGAUUUUUUCGAAAUGUCAUUUUCUUUCGAUUCUGGUGGCUACAGAUCACAGAAUCAGACCAAGGCUAUUCUCCACCGAUAAUGAAGUCUAUUGAUCCUAUUCUCCACGGAAGAUAAGUCCAUUAAGCACCGAUAAGGGACAAUUUAUUUUCGGAUGGCAUUUAUUUAAUUUUUUGAGCGACGAAAGGCCAUUUUCUUUGGAUUUUGAAGGCUAUAGAUUGCGGAUUCUGCCCGAGGCUAUUCUUCAAUGAUGAUUAAGCCCAUUAAGCACCGAUUUGAGUGGAUUUAUUCCGGUUUAAUUUUUGGAAGAUUCCAAAGGGGAACCAUCACUGAUUUAGGGCGAUUUUUCGGAAAUGCUAUUCUCUUUCGAUUCUGGAGCCUACAGAUCACAGAAUCAGGCCGGGACUAUUCUCCACCGAGAAUGAAUACUAUUGAUCCUAUUAUCCACUGAUAAUAAGUCAAUUAAGUACCGAUUUAGGCCAAUUUAUUUUUGGAAGGCAUUUUCGUAAUUUUUCGGGCGACAAAGGCCAUUUUCUUUGAAUUUUGAAGGCUACAAAUCGCGUAUUCAGCCUGAGGAUAUUCUUCAACGAUGAUUAAGUCCAUUAAGCACCGAUUUGGGAGAUUUAUUCCGGAUAAAUUUUUGGCAGUUUCCAAAGGGGUAACAACACAAAUUUCGGGCGAUUUUUUCGAAAUGCCGUUUUCUUUCAACUCUGUAGGCUACAGAUCACGGAAUCAAGCCGAGACUAUUCUCCACCAAUAAUGAAGUAUAUUGAUCAUAUUCUCCACGGAUGAUAAGUCCAUUAAGCACCGAUUUGGCCCAAUUUAUUUUCGGAUGGCAUUUUCUUAAUUUUUUGGGCGACGAAAGGCCAUUAAGUCCAUUAAGCACCAAUUUGGGCGGAUUUAUUCCGGGUCAAAUAUUGGCAAAUUCCGAAGGGGUACCAUCACAGAUUUUGAUCGAUUUUUCUGAAAUGCUAUUUUCAUUCGAUUCUGGAGGCUACAGAUCACGGAAUCUGGCUGAGGCUAUUCUCCCCUGAUAAGGAAUUCUAUUGAUCCAAUUCUCCAUGGAUGAUAAGUCCAUUAAGCACCGAUUUAGGCCAAUUUAUUUUUGGAUGGCAUUUCUGUAAUUUUUCGGUCCAAGAAAUGACAUUUUUUUGGGAUUAUGAAGGCUACAAAUCGCGGAUUCGGGCUGAGACUAUUAUUCAACGAUGAUUAAGUCCAUUAAGCACUGAUUUGGGCGGAUUUAUUCCAGGUCAAUUUUUGGCUAAUUUCGAAGGGGUAUAAACACAGAUUUCGGGCGAUUAUUUUGAAAUGCCAAUUUCUUUCGAUUCUCGAGGCUACAGAUCACGAAACCAGACCGAAGCUAUUCUCUACCGAUAAUGAAGUCUAUUGAUUUCAUUCUCCACGGAUGAUAAGUCCAUUAAACACCGAUUUGGGCCAAUUUAUUUUCGGAUGGCAUUUUCGUAAUUUUGCGGGUGUCGAAAGGCCAUUUUCUUUGGAUUUUGAAGGCUACAGAUCAAGGAUUCGGCCUGAGACUAUUCUUCAACGAUCACUAAGUCCAUUAAGAACCGAUUUGGGCAGAUUUAUUCCGGGUCAAUUUUUGGCAGAUUGUUAAGGGGAACCAUCACAGAUUUUGGGCGAUUUUUCCGAAAUGUAAUUUUCUUACGAUUCUGGAGGGUACAGAUCACGAAACCAGACCGAGGCUAUUCUCCACCGACAAUGAAGUCUAUUGAUCCUAUUCUCCACGGAUGAUAAGUCCAUUAAACACCGAUUUGGGCCAAUUUAUUUUCGGAUGGCAUUUUCGUAAUUUUGUUGGCGUCGAAAGACAAUUUUCUUUGGAUUUUGAAGGCUACAGAUCACAGAUUCGGCCUGAGACUAUUCUUCAACGAUGACUAAGUCAAUUAAGCGCCAAUUUGGGCGGAUUUAUUCCGGGUCAAUUUUUGACAGAUUGCAAAGGGGUACCAUGACAGAUUUUGUGCGAUUUUUCCGAAAUGUCAUUUUCUUUCGAUUCUGGAGGCUACAGAUCCCGAAACCAGAUCGAGGCUAUUCUCCACCAAUAAUGAAGUCUAUUGAUCCUAUUCUCCUCGGAUGAUAAGUCCAUUAAACACCGAUUUUGGCCAAUUUAUUUUCGGAUGGCAUUUUCGCAAUUUUGUGGGCGUCGAAAGGCCAUUUUCUUUGGAUUUUGAAGGCUACAGAUCACGGAUUCCGCCUUAGACUAUUCUUCAACGAUGACUAAGUCUAUUAAGCACCGAUUAGGGCAGAUUUAUUCCGGGUCAAUUUUUGGCAGAUUGCAAAGGGGUACCAUCACAGAUUUUGUGCGAUUUUUCCGAAAUGUCAUUUUCUUUCGAUUCUGGAGGCUAAAGAUCACGAAACCAGACCGAGACUAUUCUCCACCGAUAAUGAAGUCUAUUGAUCCUAUUCUCCACGGAUGAUAAGUCCAUUAAACACCGAUUUGGGCCAAUUUAUUUUCGGAUGGCAUUUUCGCAAUUUUGUGUGCGUCGAAAGGCCAUUUUCUUUGGAUUUUGAAGGCUACAGAUCACGGAUUCGGCCUUAGACUAUUCUUCAACGAUGACUAAUUCUAUUAAGCACUAAUUUGGGCGGAUUUCUUCCGGGUCAAUUUUUGGCAGAUUGCAAAAGGGUACCAUCACAGAUUUUGGGCAAUUUUUUCGAAAUGUCAUUUUCUUUCGAAUCUGGAGGCUAGAGAUCACGAAACCAGACCGAGGCUAUUCUCCACCGAUAAUGAAGUCUAUUGAUCCUAUUCUCCACGGAUGAUAAGUCUAUUAAACACCGAUUUGGGCCAAUUUAUUUUCGGAUGACAUUUUCGUAAUUUUGUGCGCGUCGAAAGUCCAUUUUCUUUGGAUUUUGAAGGCUACAGAUCACGGAUUCGGCCUGAGACUAUUCUUCAACGAUGACUAAGUCUAUUAAGCGCCAAUUUGGGUGGAUUUAUUCCGGGUCAAUUUUUUGCAGAUUGGAAAGGGGUACCAUUACAGAUUUUGGGCGAUUUUUCCGAAAUGUCAUUUUCUUUCGAUUCUGGAGGCUACAGAUCACGAAACCAGACCGAGGCUAUUCUCCACCGAUAAUUAAGUCUAUUGAUCCUAUUCUCCACGGAUGAUAAGUCCAUUAAACAACGAUUUGGGCCAAUUUAUUUUCGGAUGGCAUUUUCGUAAUUUUGUGGGUGUCGAAAUGCCAUUUUCUUUGGAUUUUGAAUGGUACAGAUCACCGAUUCGGCCUGAGACUAUUCUUAAACGAUAACUAAGUCCAUUAAGCACCGAUUUGGGUGGAUUUAUUCCGGGUCGAUUUUUGGCAGAUUGCAAAGGGGUACCAUCACUGAUUUUUGGCGAUUUUUCCGAAAUGUCAUUUUCAUUCGAUUCUGGAGGCUACAGAUCACGAAACCAGACCGAGGCUAUUCUCCACUGAUAAUGAAGUCUAUUGAUCCUAUUCUCCACGGAUGAUAAGUCCAUUAAACAUCGAUUUGGGCCAAUUUAUUUUCGGAUGUCAUUUUCGUAAUUUUGUGGGAGUCGAAAGGCCAUUUUCUUUGGAUUUUGAAGGCUACGGAUCACGGAUUCGGCCUGAGACUAUUCUUCAACGAUGACUAAGUCCAUUAAGCACCGAUAUGGGCGGAUUUAUUCCAAGUAAAUUUUUGGCAGAUUGCAAAGGGGUACAAUCACAGAUUUUGGGCGAUUUUUCCGAAAUGUUAUUUUCUUUCGAUUCUUGAGGCUAAAGAUCACGAGACCAGACGGAGUCUAUUCUCCAUCAAUAAUGAAGUCUAUUGAUCCUAUUCUCCAUGGAUGAUAAGCCCAUUAAACACCGAUUUUGGCCAAUUUAUUUUAUGAUGGCAUUUUCGUCAUUUUGUGGGCGUCGAAAGGCCAUUUUCUUUGGAUUUCGAAGGCUACAGAUCACGGAUACGGCCUGAAACUAUUCUUCAACGAUACCUUAGUCCAUUAAGCACAGAUUUGAGCGGAUUUAUUCCGGGUUAAUUUUUGGCAUAUUCCAAAGGGGUACCAUCAAAGAUUUUGGGCGAUUUUUCCAAAAUGUUAUUUUCUUUCUAUUCUGGAGUCUAUAGAUCACGAAACCAUACCGAGGCUAUUCUCCACUGAUAAUGAAGUCUAUCGAUCCUA